CGCGCGGUGUCUCCUCUGUGCGUCUUUUUUUCGUGUCUUGUCUCGCGGUGUCUCGUCCUCGCGAAAUCCGCGGCCUUUCGGCGCGCGUGUCUACACUGUGCCGAGGCGUCGCGGUGCAAAACUAACAGUGUCACCGGGGCGGCCUCAAUCGCGGACGUCCGCUCCAACGUUGCGCGGACGACACCGAGACGAAAACCACCCGGGUGUGUCCCAAUCUCGCGCGAGAGGAGAACGACCGAACGAACGAACGAUUCGACGAAACGGAGAAAAGUGCGUUCGCGCGUGUACGUGUGUGAGAGUGUGCGUGUGCGUGCUUCUCUCUACGGCGUCGCCGACGGCGGGCAAGAAGGAGCAGCCCGUUGCGUUCGCGCGACUGUUUGCCCGUGUAUACACUUCGGCACAUCGUUUUUCGCGUGUGAGUGCGAGUCGACGGAGGGAACGAUGUUAGUGGAGGAGGAGACGGGUUGGUAGCAGUGUCGGUUCUACGAAGAGCAACUGAGCGAGAAGGAUAUAGAGGGGAAGGGAGCAGGGGGAAUAGAGCGAAAGAGAGAGAGAGAGAGAGAGCGAGAGAGAGAGAAAGAUAGCGUGGCCCGGGCGACUCGAGCGUGAGAUCGAGAGAGCGAACGCAACACGUAGAAAGUGCGGUGCAGACAGAGAUAGAAAGUGAGCGAGAGAGAUAAAAAAAAGUAUGAUACACCGCGCGGCGUAGGUGUGUGCUCCGCCGGGGUUUAUAGGAGACGCGGGCGUUGUUUGUUUGUAUACGUCUGUGCGUGUGCGCCGCGACAUUCGUAACGGUCGGCCGAGACGGACGAACUUCAGGUCGUUCGCGGAAGAGCCGCGGGGAAAAUACCGCGCGUUUCCUCGGCGUUUCCCAGUUUUCGAAACCGUCGCGUCCUCGUCGCGCCGGCCGUCGGAGUGCUUGUGUGCCCUGCGUGUUUCGGUGUUUACCGGGCGUAACGGAGGAGCGGUGCGCGACAUAUACACACACACGCGGGCGAGAGCGGAAGGAGUGGGACCGAGCGAAGGGCGCGUGCGAGAGAAGGAGAGCGCGGCGGUUAGGGGGAGGAGAGGCGCCGACGGGAGCAGUCGGAGCGAGGAGGAGCGAGAUAGCGACGGGCGAGGAAAAACGGCCGAAAAAAAAAUAUCGGAGUAAUGGUGUAAUCAGUGGGUUGCGCUUCGCGACUCGGCCGGUCGCGUUCGAUCGGGGUGUGUAUCCGUCUCGCGGUGCGAGAACAACGAGAGUCCGGGACGAGUUCCUUGGCGGCGACGGUGGCGGCGGCGGUAGUGACGGCAGUGCCUCUGUCUGUGUAUUUGUGUGUAGAACGUGCGUGAGAACAGGGUCGCGAGGUGAAGCUCGCGGCGAGCAGCGACGAGCCGCAGCCGGCGGCGACGAACGGUUGGAUUAUACGCAACGAGAGAGGAGAUAUAUCCCGAGGAUCUAAUACGCUUAACACGGGAGUGAGAGGAUACACGGGAGGAACAGCCACGGGGACGUAGACCCCGCGGGGGAGAGAGAGAGAGAGAGAGAGAGAGAGAGAGAGAGAGAGAGAGAGAGUGAGCGAGGUGCGCCCCGCCGGUCAUCGUUCGGGUGUAUGCGUGCACGCCUGCCUUCGCCGACACGCGGCAACGAUGAGAUAUUGGCGAAGAUGAAACAAUCUCCGGAGCGAAAAGGAUGAAGCUUCUUCAUUUAAAGAUCAGAUUCAGAAUGUCAAAGGAUAGCGCACCGUCAUUUCCUCAACCAAAGGCAAGGAAAUUAAGUCGCGAGUUUAAGAUCGGAAACACGUCGAUCAGCCGAGGCGCGGUUCCGUCGGGAAAUCGAAGGGAAGAACCGCACGCUAGGCUGACUGGAAGGAUCGUUUCGGGGGACAUGGCUUAACUCACGACAAGUGGAAGACAGGUGGAGGAGCUACCAUCCUCGGGUCUCAGGAUUCCGAGAACGCGGAUGGUCGCCGAGAUUUCCUACGACGUUGGAAGUAAUCACGAGUGGUGUCGGGUGGUGUGUUCGUGAUCUAAUGGGGGGGGCUCAGUGGCUGUGAUCGUGGUGUUGUGUCGGGGAUCAGUGUGUCGUCUGUGAAGAGUGGUGAGAGGUAUAUCGGGUUACGCGUCUCAGCUACGCGAGUAAGAAUUAACGACAGGGGGCAAGUGUGGUGAAGAGAAAUCAAGGUGGAUAAGGUGUACACACGAUAACCAAGUGGAAGGCGCGAGGAAGAGAGAAAAAGAGAGAGAGGGGAGGAGAGAGAAGAGAGAUACGGCCGGGAUAUAUCGCGAAUUACGUCGAGCGAGAGUAGAAGCGAGAGAGUGAGUGAUGUGUUCGAUGGACGAGGCGCGUCUCGCGGGCGGUGGUCGGGGUAAUGAUAACGCGUGUAGUUACGCGCGCUACCACUACUAUUACUUGGUAUCCAAAGUGAGAAACGGCGGGCAGUCGGUGACCAGGCUGGCGGGCGCCGGGGAAACGUUUCCAAGGGCAUGGCGACCACGCCACUAGGCGGUCGCCUCCCUAACGUAAACCGUAAAGGACCAUCUCCGUGCAUCGGUGGUGGUGGUAUUAGUAGUAGUAAUAAUAGUAAUAGUAACAGUGGUGGUAACAGCAGCAACGGCAACACCAGCAACGGUAAUAGCGGUAACAACAACAACGGCUUAAGUAAUAACAACGCUAGCGGUGGUCAGUCAAAGAGGCAAGAGAGAACGCUGAUCGGUAGGGAACACCGCGAUCAUCGUCACCAUCACCAUCACCAUCAUCACCACCAUCAUCACCAUCAUCACCAUCAGGGUCGGGACAAGUCAUCAUUGUCAUCGUCGUCGUCGUCGUCGUCGUCGUCGUCGGGACAGCAGCGUGAGUUUAAUAAAGCAAGCACAGUGGCUGCUAACGCCGGUGAACUGGAUCCGGCCGCGACGAAUGCGACCAAUAACUUUGAGUACGACGACAACGAAUGGGACAUUGGCAUAGGUGACCUGAUAAUCGAUCUUGAUGCGGACAUUGAGAAGACGAGGGACGAGAAAUUGAGCUCGGGGACAGGCAUGGCUUCUACGCCUGCCUCGGCAGCAUCGGCACCUAAUAACGCGAAUCAUCAUCAGUUACAAAACUCAGCGAGUGGUCUCAACUCCAACUCCUCGUCCUCGUCCGUCCCGUCGACUGGCACGAACGCCGGAAGUCAAUCGUCGUCAUCCUCGUCAUCGUCGUUGUCGUCGUCCUCCUCAUCAUCCUCAUCCUCAUCGUCUUCUUCUUGUGGUGUGAAUUCAACGCGUUCCAACAGUCCCGGCAGCGGCAGUGGUAGCGCGAACGGUACCGGCAGCGCGAACGGCGCCGGUAACGCAAACGGUACCGCAUCUGUAGUCACCGGUAAUAAGCAAGCGUCGGGCGUGAACGUGAGCGGCGUAAACGCCGUCCACGCUAACGCCGGUAAUCCCGGCAAGAUGGCCGUUGAACACUCGGCCACCGUCGACAAGGGCCUCAAGAUGAAGAUCAAGCGAACGAAGCCCGGUACGAAGACCAGCGAAGCCAAACACGAGAUUGUUAAGUCGAACGAGAUCAACGGUACCGUCUCGUCGCAGGACUCAAACAACGGCACCGCUGCCUCCUCGACUUCCUCGUCCUCGACCGUUGGAUCGACGUCCGCGUCGGCCGCGGUUACACAGAACUCACAAAAUUCGGAAUGCGGCGCGGCCGGUGGCGGUCAGUCGUCUUCGUCGAAUAAGUCCAAGCCGAGUCACUCGCCGGCAUCCGCUGGCAGCACUGGUGCCGCACCCUCGUCUACCGCUGGCUCGAAACGCGGCUCGAGCGGUCAUCGGCGUGACAAAGCACGGGACAAACACGAAAAACCGCAGAGCAAUCACACACCCCAGCAAACGAAACCGGAAAUGAACGGUACCGCGCGACCGACACCGCAGGGUCAAAAUUCGGCCGGUGGUGCGACGCAGUCUCAGGGCCCACCGCCGGCCGCCACGGCGCCACAACAGACCCAGGGACCACCGCCCAGUUCGAGGACAGGUUUCUCCGUGUCACAAGGCCCCGGGCCACCCGCGACCAGCGCGGCGGCACCCUGUCCACCGCCGAGUCCGGCGAGCGCUACGGCGGCCGGCGCAGCGGCCAAACCGGAACAGACCAAGGUCGCUGCGGUGCCGGGUCCACCGCUCACGACACCCGCCGAGGAAGCAAUGGACACUGCCGCUAGUCCUCCACCUGCGAAAAAAAUGAAGACGGAACCAAAGAUAUCAAUGAAGAUUUCAUAA